AAACGGUUUCGAUGUUCGUUCUAAUUCCCUAUUUGGUACUUGACUCUCGGCCCUAUGCAAAGAGUAGCAUCACCAGAUGUCCGGAUCUCACGGCUUGGAGGCGCAGAUGCAUCUCAUCGUUGGGCCCAGUCCCGAAAACUGUCGUAACUGCCAUGCAUUUCGUCCAGCUUGCCUUGGUGCCCGUCCAGUACCUUUGGCCCCUGCCGUGCGAGUCACAUCCCCAGGAGGCGUGAUAUGUACCUUGACAAGGCGUUCCACCAAUAUCACCCAGUCGUAUCACGAUGCCUAAGGCGUGUGGGGAACGUAAGGAAAGUAAGGUCUCUUUUCGCCUUAUGUCAUCUCGCGGAUUUGGGGCCCCCGCGGGGCACUGUCGCCUGCAACUACAUGGCAGUUCAGGAAAGAGGGCGAGAUGAAGUUGCCCAUCUAUUCAAGUGGCAUUGACAUGUCGUUCAAAGUUAUAUAUAUAAGGAACUUCGUGUUCCCAGGUUCCGGUCCUGUUUUUAUCAUCAGCAUCAGCAACACAUCCCAUCAACUGCGUCAACCAGCUCAACUUUUUACUCACAGCAUCACCACCAACAAGCUCUUCCAACACAACCUAACAACACCCAAACCAUCAUCUCUAGCCUCAGCUUUUAAACUUCAACCCAUAACCCAAACCUUCGCAAUGGCUGCCUUCGCUUCUUUCACCACUGAGCCUUGUGUCAACUAUGGCCGCUCCGGCUACAACAAGGGCAACUCCGAGGAUGAUGAGGAGAACAAGUUUAGCAACUUUGGCCGCUCGGGAUACAACAAGGGGAAUGACGAAGACGAGGAGGACAAGUUCCGCAACCAUGGCCGCUCCGGCUACAACAAGGAGAACGACAAGGAAGAGGAUGACAAAUAAGUGCCUCCGGAAAAUUCACAACACCAGACCGGCAUUCUCUCCCCUCUUAAUAACCAGCUCAACUCUGAAGCCAUCGCCAGCUCACCGGGGCAAGACUCGCCGACUGUCUUCUGUUUC